GCGGCUCGUGCUUUCAAGAAAUUUCUGCCCCUGUUUGACCGCGUAUUGGUCCAACGGUUUGAGGCUGAAACUCUGACCAAAGGCGGCAUAAUGAUCCCGGAAAAAGCCAAGGGCAAAGUUCUGGAAGCGACAGUAAUUGCACAUGGGCCUGGGUACAAGAAUGAGAAGGGUGAAAUUACACCGAUGUGCGUCACGGUUGGUGACAAGGUCUUUCUUCCGGAAUACGGUGGGACGAAAGUCGUUCUUGAUGAUAAGGAGUAUUUUUUGUUCCGAGAAUCGGACAUCCUGGCAAAAUUCGAGUCUUGA